UCCCCUAGCUGCCGCUCCCCAGCCUCUGCGUCCUGCUCAGGUCGCGCUCAGGAAAGCUGCCUGGUUACAACCGAGCAAAGGUUGGGCAGUUGCCUCUGGAAGGGGCGGAACUCCUCUGAAAGCGAAAGUAUGGGGUCUUAGCUAGAAGGUGGGCCUGGGCGGUGCUGCAGCUGGGAAGUCCCAGCUGCUGCUCAAUCAACUGCACUGUUCUGGAGUCCUCCCGCCUGGACCUGGUCUCACGAUCCUGCUUGGCUGACUUGCCCAGGACCUCUUCUGCCUGAGUACAGUUGUCUGCUUCGCAUAGCAGCUGCUGGUGGCCUCUGGAGCUCCAGAAAUGCAGGCUUCAGCUGACGGAUGCCUUGCUGGAGGGCUAGACCCUAGAGGCUGGCCUCUAUCCAGCGUGCCUUAACUCCCAGGGAAGGGCAGUUCCUUCUGACUCAGCCAGGGUCUGGCCCUAGCUCCUGCUUGGAUUCGAUCUGCUUUCCUGCUGCCAAGAUGCCGUUGCCUCGGGCAGUGACCCCUGGGCCAGAGCUUCAAAACCCCAAGGCGCCCGGGAAGUCACAGAGCCUACCCCUGUCCACCCGGAAAUCCAACAGUAUGAAGGAGCCAAACGCGCACCCCGGGGACACCGUGAAGCCCAGCCUGAGCACCCUGAAGCGGACCCUCUUCCGGACCAGCCUGCCAGCUUCUACCCACAGGCCCAAGGACGACCCGGGCCUGUUCAGGCGAAGCUCCCGCUUCCUGCUCCGGUCCUUAAGACGGGCUCUGGAUGAAGGCCUGACUGAGGGGCAUCCCCAGGUCACUGCUGGGCCAGAGAAGCCCCCCAGUGCCACAGAUGGUGUCAGCCGGCAGGCCUCUGCAGGGACGCGGCCUGAGGAUCUGGAACCCCAGGCAGAGAGCAAAUCCGUGGCCGACCUCAUCACUGAGCGGAAACUGCUGAAGGCCUUUGAACAGCUGCGGCACCUGGAGAGCCGGCUGGUGGCCGACAACGCCUCGCGCACGUUCACGCAGGACCCCACGGCCUACGCGCGUCGCGCCAUGGACCUCUGUCUGCACUACGACGGGAUGGCGGCCGAGAUCGGCGCCAUCGUGCGCGAGGCGCUGGGCUGCGAAGGCGCGGACCGAGCUGCCCUGGCGGAAGUGGCCCAGGUGGUGCGCCUGGAGGAGGAGGCCCAUCGGGCCCCGCAGGCCGGAGGGGACUUCCUGAGCACCCCCCGCCACUGGCGGCGGCUCUGGGCGGACGCGGUGCGGCUCAGCGCCCAGGAGCGCGUGCAGCAGGCCGGCGCCGGCGUCGCCCCGGGCGCUGCCGAGGGCGCGUCCGACCUGGCUCAGCUUCUGGCCGAGCUCGGAGGCCUGGUCCGCCGCGACCUGCAGAAGGUGCGCUUAGAGAUGCAGCCUGCUUACGGAGCCACCGACUUCCCGGUGUGGGAGACCUACUUGCGCGCUUUCCACAGCGCCGUGGCCCAGCGCCUGCAGGAGCUGGCGCGGGGCGCCCGCGGCUGUGAGCAGCUCUAUGUGCUGUUGGACUGGGCGGCUAACGUUUACGGCAGUCCUGACUUCCUGGGCACCCCAGACCUGGCCCUGCCCACAGAACCGCUGCCCCCGCUCCUCGAGCCUGCUCUGUGGGCCCGACUGGAAAGUGACUACACCAGCUUCCUAGAGACCAAGAUCACAAGCUGUUUCGACAGCAUCUUGCAGCUGGAGCAGAGCCGCUGGGAGGCCGGCGAGGAGGACGGGGAGGUGCUGCAGGGCCUCUACCACGCGCCCCUGUCCAUCGACGUGCACAUGCUCGUGGCUGAGCACGUGAAGGCGGCCGGCGCUAUCUCCGCGGAGCUGGAAGCUACCACCCUGCAGAUCUGCGCGGGCGCGCUCUGCCUCUUUGUGCCCAGGUUUGAAAAGGCGUUUCUGGCGUCGGCGGCGGUGAGCGAGUGGUACCUGGGCGCCUACAUUAACGCGUGUGCGGAGCUGAGAACCAGCCUCCUGGCCAGGUUCCCAGGGACGAUGAAGGAACUGGAGAAGCCCCUGGUGGCUGCCACCAACAGCUUCCAGAAGCAUUUGCUCCAGAUUGUACAGCAAGACAUGCAGCCACUGUUCAAGGCGCUCUAUACCAAGAGCUGGCUCACGCAGGACACGCUGCGUCCCCUCAUGGACAAGGUGGUGGACUUUGCACAGCACCUUGAGCAUGUGACCCCACCGCUGGCCCAGGGCACUCUUCAGGAGCUGCACCGCUUUGUGGUCCGAUCAUACCUGGGGCAGGUGCUGAGGCCCCACGAGAGGUUCAGCGGCCUGGAUCGCGUCAAUGCCUCCCACAAAAUGAACCUGGAUGCCCAGGCCAUUAGCAGCACCUUCCAGGGCUUGGCUGCUGGCGACAGGUUCCAAUCAGCACUGGCCUGGUCAGGGCUCGGAUUUCCCGUCUGCGCAGACAGGAAGACAUCUCCCCAGAACCACUGCAGGCGCCCCUCGUCCCCUGCCUCCGCGGAGUCUCACUAUGGGAAGUGGGAUGGUGCAGCAGAGAACACUAAAGGAGGGCUUGUAGGCGGCGACUCCCUGGGGAGGUGGGCCACAGCACACAUCUCCCUGUCUCGUCAGGGCUCUAAAGCCACGUGGCUGGACCAGGCCAUCCUGUGCGUGGCCGAGAUCCUGGGCGAGACGUACAAAGACGACAUCCGGCGGCACCUGGAGACGCUUAUUCGGAGCUACCCCGACAUCAGGCGCGACCACAUUCUGGCCAUUCUGGCGCUGCGCAGACUCGGCCGCCGUCGAAACCAGAAUCUGUUGCAGCACAGCCAAGACCUGCUGCGAGCGGCCCGCGAGAGCAGGCCCGCCCCGCCCCCAGUGCUCUUCGAGGAGAUCGAAGUGCGCACCUCUGUGGACGUCCUCAUCGCCUGUAUCUGAACGGCAGGCAGGAGCCUGGCUGACCCCGAGUUGGCAGCCCAGUGAGUCACUCUGGCCCUACCCUCAGCUCUGAAGCCUGGAGCCAUGGAAUUUUUGGUCUCAGCUGCCUGGCUGCUCAGCCAGGGGGAGCCAAGAGUGGAGGCAUUCCAGGCAUUUGCGGGGGAGUUUUGGGGGGCUGCUGAGGCUGCUUGUGGGACUUCACUUUCUAACUGCUCAGCACAACCCCGCUAUCGUGAGAAGCUGGCCAUCCUAAAAAUAAAUGCGAAUUAAAAUA